CAGUCGCACAGGCACAUUGAUGCAUACACUAGAGAUCUGGUUUGCAACCUGCGGAAGAACAACAUCAACAUCAGCAAGGUGUACACCAUAAUUGGUGGGUUCUUUGGCACGGUUGAAAAUGCGCCUUUCACGAAAAGAUCGCUUUGGAACUUGUGUGGUCAAAUAAGUCGGGGCGAGGCAGAUGACGAUGUGAGGAAAACAAUCGAAGUUUUCGAUGAGCUGGGCGCAAAGGACCCUGAAUUCCUGUUCAGGGUGCAGCCUAAUGGAGAAAGUAAGAUAAGGAAUUUGAUGUGGGCAACAGGGGAUAGCAAGCUGAAGUACAAGUUUUUCGGUGAUUUUGUGACAUUCGACACCACAUAUCGGACGAACUUGUGCAACAUGCCAUUUGGACUGUUUGUAGGGGUUAAGAACCAUUUCCAGAGCAUAUUGCUGGCGGGGGUGCUGAUCAGAGAUGAGCAGGUGGAAAGCUUUGAGUGGGUAUUCACGGAGUUUGUGAGGAUGAUGGGCGGUGUGGCCCCAAGAACAAUACUGAUAGACCAGUGCGGAGUGAUGGAGAUAGCCAUCAAGAAGACCCUUCUGGAUACGGUCCAUCGUUGGUGCAAAUUGCAUGUCGUGAAGAAAGCAAAAGAAAGUCUGGGAGCGCUAUAUGGCAAGAGGAAUGAAUUCAGGCAGGAUUUGCAGGGUGGUGUUGUAGUACGAACCAACUCAUCUAUUGAACUGGAUGCAAGCAAGAUGUACGCUAGGUCCAUGCUUGAGCAAUUUCAGCUGAUUCUUUACGAGGCUGGUAGGUACCGAGUGCAGGAAUUAGAAAAAGAUGCAUUGUACAAAGAGACACACACUAGGCCUGAUAAACGGGAGAAAUGGAGCAGAGUUGUUUUCCUGGUGAGAAUGCAUGACAAUGGUGAACACUUUGAGUGCGAGUGUGGGCUGUCUGAACACAUGCCCAUGUACUGAAGGUGAUGGAUUAUCUUGGGAUGACUGAGAUACCAAAAAUGCAUAUAGUAAAAAGAUGGA